AUGAUUAUUUUAUUACAAAAUAAAUUUUUGUAUGUACCCUACUUACCAAUUGGAUGUCGUAACGAUCAAUUUGAUGAAUCGUUGAUUGACAAACGAUUGGUAUGUAAACUAGUAGAAGCCAAAUCAGACGAUGGAUGUAAAUUGAUUGGGAUUAUUAUUCGAAAUAAAAGUUUAAAAGGAGAAAAUCCUAGCAUUAUUAGAGAUGCAAUCGAGAAUUUCAGUAAACAAGACCCGGUUUUAAUAUACUUUCAAGGAAAUGCCGGUAAUAUGCUCCAUCGACUUCCAAUCUUUUAUCGUCUACUAUUACCGACCACAUCAAAGUCCACAAUUACCAAUUUAAUCAUCGUUGCAAUUGGUUAUAGAGGAUAUUGGUUGUCCAAUGGAUCACCAUCAGAAGAUGGAUUAAAGAUGGAUGCAAAAUCCAUUUACAAAUUCGUACGAAGUUUGUAUCCAGAGAAUCCAAUUUACGUUUACGGGCAUUCAUUGGGAGGUGCGGUGGCAUUAUACUUAGCAUCACAUCCACAAAUUCAAUUCGAUAUCAAAGGUGCAAUUAUUGAAAAUACAUUCACGUCGAUCAAAGAUAUGGUGAUAGAAUUAUAUCCCCAAAAAUGGUUGCCUUAUCGAUAUUUGGCAAGCAUUCCUUUGUUUCUUCGUAACAGAUGGGAAAAUGAUGAAAUGAGUAGAUCUUCCCCAACGAUUUGCCAAAAACGUAAAAGUUCUCUGAAAAUACAUGAUAAUCAACCUAGUGACCGGGAAAUUGUUGAUGUUGAUUUUUUGAGUGAAGAUAUAUCAUCGAAUUACGUUUACAUUGCCGAGAUACAACCACCACCACAACCAAAUGUUGGUUUUUCUGUUCCCAAAAAGACAUCUUAG